GGCGGGUGGCGGUGGUGGCCUUAGCGGUUCCUCCCGGCCCUGUUAAUGCCAGGGCCAAGCCCGGGGAGGAUGGCGCCCUAGAGCCCGGCCUUGCUGGGGUAGGGGCGGGAGGGGGCCGGGGCGGGGACCGGCCAUGUCGGAGGUGACCCGGAGUCUGCUGCAGCGCUGGGGCGCCAGUCUUAGGAGAGGCGCCGACUUCGACUCUUGGGGCCAGCUGGUGGAGGCGAUAGACGAGUAUCAGAUAUUAGCAAGACACCUACAGAAGGAGGCCCAAGCUCAACACAAUAAUUCUGAAUUCACUGAAGAGCAAAAGAGAACCAUAGGCAAAAUCGCCACAUGUUUAGAAUUGCGAAGUGCAGCGUUACAGUCCACACAGUCCCAAGAAGAAUUUAAACUGGAGGACCUGAAGAAGCUAGAACCAAUCCUGAAGAAUAUCCUUACAUAUAAUAAAGAAUUCCCAUUUGAUGUUCAGCCUAUUCCAUUAAGACGAAUUUUAGCACCUGGUGAAGAAGAGAAUUUGGAAUUUGAAGAAGAUGAAGAAGGUGGUGCUGGAGCAGGCCCUCCUGAUUCUUUUUCUGCUAGAGUUCCUGGUACUUUAUUGCCCCGAUUGCCCUCAGAACCAGGGAUGACGUUACUCACCAUCAGAAUUGAGAGAAUCGGUCUGAAAGAUGCUGGGCAGUGCAUCGAUCCCUACAUUACAGUCAGCGUGAAGGGUGAGGAGCUCUGGGUGUGGUGUUCCCUCUGCAGAUGUCAUGCUGCUUUCCACGUGCAAUAGUUGUCCUCAGAGCGGUGGCUCCUGAGUCUGUCGCAACUCAUUGUAAUUCAUUUUAUAAUGAUAGGAAAUCCCUGAAAUCGAUCCUUACUCCUUCAGUGAACGCUCUGAUAGAUUUAAUAAACAUAUUUUUAAAUGUGUAGCUUAGACUCACUUUUGCUUUUGAGCCUGUCUUUGUUUUUAUGUUCCAUACUCUAGACCCAUCUAGGGAACCAUGUAGCUGUGCACAGUCCCCUUAGCAGAGACAGCUUCCAGAAUACAGAAUUAGAAAUAGUCUUCCUCUUCCACAGGAGUGUAGUUUGAAUGGCCCUCUGGCCCUCUGAUUCCUACAGCAGGUUUCUGUAAGGUGGGUGCUGGGUGAAGGUAGAAACCAAGAGAGGGUCUGUCCAUAUGUCCAGACUCCGAGAGCCUUUGCAGAACAGUAAAGAAAGUUAUCAGAGUUAGAAAGUGUGGUUGUUCCUGUUCCUAACAGAAAAUCCACAUGGUUGAAUUCUUUAUCGUUGCCAUAUGCUAUACCGGUCACACAGUACCU